AAAAUUUGGUUACAGGGAAGUUGCGAUUCAUUUUAUAUAUAAUAAAAACAACGGAAUAGUUACAGUUCAUUCAAAUGACAACAGUAAGACAUUUGCAAAGGCCCACUAUGUUGUUGUGGUUCUCCAACUCCGCCUAGGAACAAGCUAAUUAAAUGCUCCUUAAAUGCUGGGCGUACUUGAGAUAGUUCGGGGUCGAGUCUGGAUAAGUAAGAGUUAAACCUGCCACAAUUUUCAGACCAGAGUUGCGCUAGUAUUACUCGUGACCCUUGAAGUAACUUGAGCUCUUCGUUUUCUCACAGGGAGAGAGUUCAUAAAGUUCUUCAGUUUUUAAGUACCUAAAUGCAAGAAAUCUGGUCUUGCAUACGCAUGCUUAUGAAGUUUAUCUUAAAAAUUCGUAAUGACUUUUCUGCAUGAACAUAUAUAAUGAUUGCAAUGCUGUUAUCUGAAGAGUGUCGGAACUUGGCCGUUUAAAAGUUUAUCACUAUUACCUAAUUUUGCGAACGCGAUUGGAGAAUUAUUGCAACUCUGUUAUUUGAGUUUUUGUGAGACGUCAUAUACGAAUGUUGUUAACCUUCUUCAAAAAAUAAAAUAUUUCUAACAACCUCAUUUUGAAUAUUUUAAAAGUAAAUGCUAUGAGGUGAAUUUUAUGAGGAAAAAUGAAUUGAACGAGUGGUGAGCGAUGAUUUGGUUUAAUAUAUUAAUAAGGUGUUCCCAGAUCAACAUAUAUAUUGUGUGAUGAUCAAACUUUGAUCCCUUUGAUAUCAGUAAAAUUUCCAUAAAGUUGCAUCACUGUACGGUAUACACAUUCCGUGUGACGUUUCGUUCGUGUCAAUUUUUCUGAAUAUUUUGGGUUGGUCGUCGUCUUUGGUUAAUUUAUGAUCGUUCAAAAAACAUUAAAAUAAUGAAUAUAGUCUUAUUCAAGGAAAAAUCUUCUAAUCAAAAUUAAUUUCUGUAGACAACACCAUUAUAUUAAGGUUGAACAACUUACUGUAAAUGAAAGAUUAAGAUAUAUGUUAUAAAAUUCGUUUGGAGUAAACUUUCAGCAGUAAGGAGAUAGAUGCCAAAUAGAAGAAAUUUUAUAAAAAUAUUGUUACCACCAAUUGCGAUUCAGCAAAACGAAGCUGUUUCAAUAAAAUAAUCACACCGAUGAAUACCCUUUCCACCAGCGGAGCCGCAUCUACUGCCACACCCUCUUCAGAUGAAGCUGGUGGCGGUGGGGGUGAUGCUGAUGCGAGCUCUAGGCGACAGGCUACCAGAGUAUUUAAAAAAACUUCGUCUAAUGGAAAAAUCACAGUAUAUCUUGGGAAAAGAGAUUUCGUCGAUCAUGUUACACAUGUCGAUCCAAUCGACGGUGUUGUUUUUAUAGAUCCAGAAUAUGUUAAAGACCGUAAAGUGUUUGGACAGGUUCUUGCCGCUUUUAGAUAUGGCCGUGAAGAUUUAGAUGUGCUCGGUCUAACUUUUCGCAAAGAUUUAUAUUUGGCGCACGAGCAAAUAUAUCCGCCACAGCAGAAUGAACGACCCUUGACCAGAUUGCAGGAACGGUUAAUGAAAAAGUUGGGACCUAAUGCGUAUCCUUUCUACUUUGAAGUUCCUCCUUAUUGUCCAGCAUCAGUGUCUCUACAACCGGCUCCGGGCGACACGGGCAAAUCAUGUGGCGUGGACUACGAAUUAAAAGCAUUUGUUGGCGAACACAUCGAGGAUAAACCACACAAGCGAAAUUCAGUCCGUUUGACCAUACGCAAAGUUAUGUAUGCACCGUCCAAGGUGGGCGAGCAGCCAUCGAUCGAGGUAAGCAAGGAGUUCAUGAUGAAACCAAACAAAAUCCACCUAGAAGCCAGUUUAGACAAGGAGUUAUACCAUCAUGGGGAAAAGAUAUCCAUUAAUGUGCAUGUAGCGAACAAUUCAAAUCGCACGGUUAAGAAGAUCAAAGUAUAUGUGCGUCAAUUCGCUGAUAUUUGCCUUUUUUCAACGGCGCAAUAUAAAUCGGUGGUUGCGGAAAUUGAAUCGGAAGAUGGUUGUCAGGUACUACCUGGUUUUACACUGUCCAAAGUUUUUGAAUUGUGUCCAUUGCUUGCCGACAACAAGGACAAGUGGGGUCUCGCGCUCGAUGGUCAGUUAAAACACGAGGAUACAAACUUGGCGUCCAGUACGCUUAUAACGAAUCCGGCACAACGCGAAAGUCUUGGGAUUAUUGUACAUUAUAAAGUGAAAGUUAAACUAUUAAUUAGCGGACCAUUAUUAGGUGGUGAUUUGGUUGCAGAAUUGCCAUUUACGUUGAUGCAUCCAAAACCAGAGGAGGAGGAUAAUCCUUUGUUAAUGGAUAAAUCACCACGUCAGAGCAUACGUGAUGGCGCUUUGAAGCUAUUAAGUGGCGGUAUUAACGGUAAUGGUGCCGAUGAAACUCAACAUGCCGAGGUGCCAACUACCAAUUUGAUACAAUUGGACGAAGACGAUUCUCAGGAUGAUGAUAUAAUCUUUGAAGAUUUCGCACGACUGCGAUUAAAGGGCGCUGAAACUGAGGCCUAGGCAAUGCAACCACUUUCGUGGCGAUCCAUUGAUUCGACAUUGACCAUAAAUAUAAUAUAAAUCAUGUAAAUUUCAUUUGAAUACGUAAAUAGACAACCUAGAGCAGCGGAAGUUUUUGAAUGUCGGUAUUUUCUAAAUUUGUGUCCCCAUAAAUUGCCAAUUUAAGAUUUUUCUUUUUAUUUUUAUUUUUUUUCUUUUUUUUGUAAGUUUUGUAAGUGGUUUUCAACGUAAGAAAGCAGUGUUUAGAUUUAUGGUGCAAGCAUAUUGAAAACGCAAAAUCAUAAUAACUACUUUUUAGAAAUUAUGUUUAGUAUUUAAGUUGAGAAAGUAAUAAUUGUGCGAAUUGUAUGUUUAACAUGCAUAUUUCGUCAAUUAACAGAACUGGUAAUGAACUGAGAUUUUGAUAAAUUGGAAUAAUUGUCGAAGAAUGAAAGAAUUCGGAAGAGAGAUACUAAUUAUCGCGCAAAAAAAAAAAA